CUACGUGUGCUGGCUGUUUCUGCUGCUGGGCGCCUGAUGAGACCAAACACAGACAGCCAUGUGGUCAGCCGGAUCCCCCGGCCCUGCUCGUGUGUCGCCAUACCUUCACUAAGAAACAGACCGUACUGGCUGCAUUCGGCCCCGCUGGGCCGUGUCGUUCUUGCAAGGACUGCUGGCACCUGAUGGAUGUCCGCAGCACGAACAGAUGUCCACUCACUCCACACACCGAAUACGUACCGACAUACUCCUGGCUGGCCUGCAUGCUGCCCCCUCCUGGAUUGGAUUACGUACCUGUGCCAUCCGCCCCGGUGCUUCUCGCGGCUACCUUGUGCCCUGCAGCCGCAGCCGGCCCUGCUGUUGGUGAUGGGUGAGAAAUAAAUAAGAGACAAGAAAGAUCCACCCAAAUGUGGAGGGAGAUGGUGGUGCGGUGGGCGGUGUGUGUAUGUGUGCAUUGCAUACCGGUGCUCUCGCCCUCGAGUAGCUGCUCAAUUAUGGCUCGGAGACGGGGGGUGCUGAUGUUGUCUCGCCAGUCGGUAUCGGCGGUCUUCUCGGCGGUGAGCUCCUGUCGGAUGCUGUCCAUGCCCUUCUCGGCAGCCCAGUCGUCGAUGAAGCCAAGCAGACUGAGACGGUCAUGGUGGUCGUCGUGGCUGUGCUCGCCAGGGAGGCCAUGUCGCAGUGGAGGGGUGGUUGAGGGCGCCGCUGGGGUGUCGUCUGACGGCUGGCCGUCUGUGGGGGAGCCGGCGGGGGCGGGCGCCUCGGGAUCCACAGCCGUGGACGGCUUGCUACCAUGAAUCUGCAUCUGCAUACACACAUACACACAUACAUAAAUUACACAUACGCACGGUGAGAGACAGCUAUUCGUUCGGUCCGUGUGGUGUGAUCUCUUUCUUGUUCGUUCCAUCCCCCAUUCCGUCACUCCACUCACUCACCUUGUGUAGUAGGGCUUUGUUGUCGACAGGAGCACCGUGAGGCGCGGGCGGCGGUGCAGCUGACGAAGCCGAAGCGGCGGCACUUGCGGCAGUGCCGGGGUGGCCGCCCUCGGCUGCCGAUUGUCCUUUGCCUGUCGCAUGAGGCACCACCAACUCGCUACGCUUAGCCUGAGUGACACAGCACAGCACACAACGAACACACAUACGACCACAUUAACUAAUGUGUGCACAUACAUGAUGUGAUGUGAUGUGCGCAUCAAUCUGUGUAGUGAGUGUAUGUGCUGUGCUGUGCGUCGUUGUGUUUAGUUUCCCGGCCGCACGCACCUUAUGAUCGGUGUCAGUUGGGGCCCUCUUGGGCUUGUCGCUUCCGACCCUCUCACCAUCAACAUCAACACUAGCCCCGUCACCCGCCACCGGCACCAGCAGCGGCACCUUGGCUCCCGGCCGGAGGGUCCUUGUGGGCGUGUGGUGCACACACAAACUGACGAACCAACCAACGAAUCAGACAGACAGACAGACAAAAGGACACACAUCCAUCGAUGCGAUACAGCGAUCGACCACAGCUCUCUGUCUGUCUGUCUGUCUGUCUGUCAUGAAUCGUCCCGUCCCCGAGUCUCACCUUGUCCCCAGGCGACGACAGGUGGCCUCUUGGCUGCACGAGCGACAAGCCACCCUCACGCACGCGGCCAU